CGUAUUUGUGCCUCUCAGCUUUCAAGUUUCAAUCCUGUAGUGGAAACUCAGCUCCUCAGCUCUGAGAUGUGUGUCACAAAGGCUUCCCUACCUAUGCUUAGUCCCACAGGCAGCCCGCAGGAGGUAGAAGUGGGUAAAAUUCUCCAAGGAAAAAGGCACGGAACCAUCUCCCCUGAGUCUUGUGCUAAGCUUUACUGCUACUAUGGAGUGAUCAUGGUCCUCACUGUAGCUGUAAUUGCUCUUUCUGUUGCUUUGUCAGCAACAAAGACAGAACAGAUCCCAGUCAACAAGACCUAUGCUGCUUGCCCGCAAAACUGGAUUGGAGUUGAAAAUAAAUGUUUUUAUUUUUCUGAAUACCCAAGUAACUGGACAUUCGCCCAGGCCUUCUGCAUGGCACAAGAGGCCCAACUAGCUCGGUUUGACAACCAGGAUGAGCUGAAUUUCCUAAUGAGAUACAAGGCGAAUUUUGAUUCCUGGAUUGGCCUGCACAGAGAGUCGUCAGAGCACCCUUGGAAGUGGACAGACAACACUGAGUAUAACAACACGAUUCCCAUCCGGGGAGAGGAAAGAUUUGCCUACCUGAACAACAACGGGAUCAGCAGUACCAGGAUCUAUUCACUUCGGAUGUGGAUCUGUAGCAAGCUCAACAGCUAUAGCCUCCACUGCCAAACUCCUUUUUUUCCUUCCUAGCAUUUACCAAGAGACGCUUUUUAGCCUGUUAUCUGUGGGUGCUACUCUUUCCCCUAUGGUCCCAAAGUGCUAUCAAACCAGAUAGAGAAUAUUUCUUAACAUCAGAAAUGAAAACCAUCAUUUCAUUUCAUGCAGAGAUUGUUCAGUGGUUAAAAUCACUGACUACUCUUCCGAAGGUCCUGAGUUCACAUCUGAGCAACCACAUGGUGGCUCACAAACAUCCGUAAUGAGAUCUUCUGAGGUGUAUGAAAACAGCUACACUGUACUUUAUACUCUGCAAUUUAAAGCAUGAGGGACAUAGGAGAGUUAGCUACCCCACACUGAUGAGUCCCAAAAAGGACGAAAUAACAGGCUAAAAAGCCUCUCUUGAACUCUUCAUCCUUUCUUCUCCCUCUUGGUCUUUUUAAAGACCAGGUCGCUGAGGAGAAAGAGAUGGAGAAAUGGGGGAAGGGAAGGGGAGAGGGACAUGAUUGGGGGAGGGGAGGGGAGGGAAAUUAAUAAAAAAAUAAAACCAAAAUACUACA